AUGCUCGCAUUAACAGCUCUCCGCAUCCUCGUUCUUGGGAGUUUAACAUGGGAGCUUACCCAUCAUUUCCAGUCCUUUGUUGUCAAUGCCCAAAGUCUGCCCACAGCCACAUUUCCAGCUGAGACUUCAACCGCCCCAGUGCCUACCGGAACUACUGUCGCUCACUACGCUCAGUGUGGUGGACUUGGAUGGACGGGUCCUGUAGAGCAUACAAGUAGUAAGGGUCAUGAAUCGGAGUUUCAAAAAAAUCCUCUUAAGAAGGUCCAGGGCGCAACCAGCCGCAACGUCACGUCUUUCCCAACUUACAACCACCCAUUCUUCGUUUCCACUUGCUUCAUACAGCCUCUCUUUCAAACAAUGGGUGCUACUACCAAGCGUUUUGUCCGCGGCUAUAAACUGGACCGGGAAAAAAUUGUUACCGCAUUGGACCUCGAUGCCCAGACCAACUUUGGAAUUUACAUGGAUGUCGCUGAAGUGGUGUAUAAUCGAAUUCGAAAAGUUGACAGCCAUGUAAUCAUGCAAUCUUCGCUAUCUGAAUCUCCCGGGGAUGAGCCAUACUACAUCUUUGUUCUGGACGACGCUAAUGUCAAACAAGUAUUACUUGACAAACCCCUGCCACCAACACCGCCCGUUCUCGACCAUUUUAUGUACCUCCUUUCCGGACCUGUUGUUUGCGAGAUUGCUGGAUAA